GAAAUAGAUGCAUAUAUGAUUGGUGGAAUGUUAUCUCUCCAGUCCAACAACCAAUCAUGUGUUAUCAUUAUUAUCAUUCACUGUGACCAACCAAAGUAUUUAGUUAGAAAACUUUUUUAGGGGUACCCGAUAUUUCUGGGCACCCUGUAACUGGAAGUGUAGGUAAGUGGGAACUAUUAUGACUUCCGCUCGCGCACCAAGCUAUGUAUACCAUCACGGUGUUUGGUGUAUGAGAGCAUCUUCACUUUGCUUCGAUAUAUCCAGCUUGUUGGUGCUAGGUUAACUAUAUGAGUAAAAUCAUACAGAUGUAUAGGCAGGAGAGGUCCCCCUCUUCCCCUCUUUCCCAUUUUUUGUCCACUUUACUAAGUGGAUAAAUUGUGCUGAUAACGUAAUAUUAAAGUAAUUGUUUUUAAUUAUUAUGGUACAUUUGGGCAUUUUAAUCGGUCUUCCGUGGCAUCGAUAAUGCUUCUCGUUGAAAAAGAGCUUUGUGUAUUACAUUUCUGCCGCCGUGUUUGGUAUUAGGGACACCCGUGAAAGAGGCAGAAAAUAUGGACAGUGUUGGCCAUUUUAUCCAAAAAAAAUGGAUUCAGAAGGUCAGCCUCAGAUCAAAGUAGAAUAUAAACUAAUUUUAGCUUUCCACAUCAAAUUAGAGGCAGUUCAGCAGUCAUCAUCACUUGAAUUUGAGGACGUGGCACUGGAGGAUCAACAUUUUCUUGUAGCAAAAUUUGUUCCUACCCUGUUCAGUCCAACUGUCAAAUUGUCAGUUCCCAAAGUAGAGACCUAUGUUCGUGAUUACUAAAUUUUAAGCAUGAUUUUAGUAUUUUUCGCGUGUGUAAUUCUGUGAGAAAUGAAGCGCGUUUCAAAGCUAAUAUUCAUCUUAAUUUGCACUUUUGUCGAGGUACACUGCGUUGAUUUGGAAUACAAAACCUUCCGUUGUCCAAAUGGAACGUACAUCAGCAAUCAAUUAAUUUGUGAUGGAGAAAUCGACUGUGUUGGUAGCUCGACGUUUACUGGUACCAGUGAUGAAUCCAGUUGUGAUAAAGAAAACUGUGGCGUGGGGGAAUUCAACUGCGGAAAAUCGUUUUCGAAUGGUUACGGUGGCCGUAUGUCUUUCAUUGAUUGUAAGAAUGCUACAGUUCGAUGUAAUACCCUUCAUGAUUGUUCUAAAAUCGGCGACGAAUACAACUGCGGUGAUGAAGUCAACGUGAAAGAUUGCUCGUUAGGUAAAGGAAAAUAUUUAUGUGACGAUGGAUUAAGAUGUUUGGAUUUCAAUCUCACUUGUGACGGUUUCUGUAAUUGCUUCGAUUGUUCUGAUGAAAAAAGCGGCUGUUUAAAUGACGGAUAUUCCAACGAUAAUACUCUAAAAGCUUCUCAAAUAGCUUGUUUCAAGACUCCUGAUGGACCUUUGUGUUGUUCAGAAUUCGAUGCUUUAUGUCAAGAAUGCGACUCAAAAAAUGAUAUUUGCGAUCACAAAUGCGUUCAAUUCGUCAAUAAUACCGGAUGUUUUUGUGACGAAAAUUAUGUCGGGGGAGUCGGCGAUAUCAGGAAUUCCAAAUGUUGGCCGAAGGAUAACACGGUAAAAGGAGUUACGCUGUUGUACUGGACAGAUCGUAAAUUCAGAUCAACGAAUCUUUUCACCCAUACGGAUUCUGUUUCCAAAGAAUUGACCUACGAAUGUACUGCCUCAACUGCCGCCCAUGAUUACGCGUAUUACUCAACCGACAAAAAUCUUAGAAUCGAUCGUUCCAAUAAUUAUUUUUAUGAAGGUUCGUCGCGACAGAAGAAACGAAUUUUCAAAAUGUCAGCGAUUUCUAAUGAUGAGCCACAAGAAAUCAUCAAUUCAGAUGAAAAAAUUGUUUCCCUUGCUGUUGAUUGGAUAACGAAUAAUAUUUAUUAUUCAACAUCGUCGUCUCUAUCAGUCUGUUCAAAUGACGGUAAAAUUUGCAAACAGCUCAAAUCCGGUGAUAUAACUUUCGUUACGUUAGCUCCAAGAUUUGGGUUAAUGUUUUGGGUUGCCCCGAAAUGGGACUCAGGAAGUUUCAAAUCGUAUUUGACGAAGUCUUCGAUGGAUGGAUCCGAUGAGAAUCAUUUCGAUGACCUUAUAAUGGAGUCUUGUACAAUGAUGGUAGCGGAUGAAUUAACUGAGAGAUUAUAUUUCUAUAAAAGUGGAUUUGAACUUAGAUCAUACGUUUCAGAGAUAAGAUCUGUAACUUUUAAAGGAGAUCACAUGAAGGUUUGGACGUUUGAUUCUCAUAUGCACUUCAUCACAGUUUUUGAAAAUAAUGUUUUCUUCAUCAGUAAUGAUCUAAGUAGAAUUUCCAGCAUGAAUUUAAAAACUAAAAUAGUUUCUCCGCGAGUUAGCAUCGAUAGAAAUGGGUACUCGAGGGAUUUGAUAAAUAAAUUGCACGUGUACAACCCUCUCCUCCAACGAACCAAGAUUCCGAAUCCUUGUCCAGCGUCGUGCUCUGGAUUAUGUUUGCUGCGCCCGUCUUCAUCUAAAGGUUUUUUAAAUUACACUUGUUUGAAAGAAUCUAUCAAUCUUGGUUUUCUGUGUUUAUUAUAAUUUUAGCUGGUGGUCUUAUUUUCACCGGUGUUUAUUUGUAUUCUAAAGUUUACCAGCGAAAUUAUUUGAAAUUAUGUUGGAAAUAAUAACCCGCUGGUAUUGUACCUAUACUUAAUAUGUAAAUCCGAAAAAAAUAUCUGGGAAUAGAUUAGGUGAUAACCUAAAGAUAGAACAAGGUUUUCGACAGUAAGAUGCAAGUUUUUCUUUCAAAUUGUUUGUGAAGAAAGGAACAGCUUCAAGUUUUAUUAUUCAGUUUUGCUUAGUUGUUAGCAUUAGUUUUAAGUACAAUUUUUUGUAAAUAUCUAAGUAUUAUUUUAGUGCAGUUUUUUAUUAAAU